AUGCCACGUAUAUUUGAUGCCCAACAGGUGUCUGUUACCGUCGGUAUCUAUACUCUGUCUGCAAUAGGAGUGGAUCGUUACAUCGCUGUCGUCUACCCACUCCAACGAAGAGGAAUUCAGCAUACGUCAACUAUUACCAUAGCAGUUAUAUGGAUAACCGCUGUUGCCAUGGCAGUGGUGCAAUUAUUCUAUGUCAGUACGAAAGAAUACCCAAUAUCUGAGUACAAUAACUUACUGAUAUGCGGCGAGAGAUGGCCGCAAGACAAUGCCGGAAUCGCCUAUGAAUUUGUUAUAUUCAUCAUUGCCUACUGCAUCCCACUCAUCGUGCUCGGGUACACGUACACACAGGUAAUCAUUCGACUCUGGGGGCGACACAUACCGGGUAACGCUGAUCGUAUCCGCGAUAGAACUCAUCAACGAUCGAAGAAAAAGCGUGAAUCUGGACAACCUAGAGUGUGCAUGAACGUAUCAUAG